AUGGAAGCUUUCUCAGAUAAUCAAGUAAUUAAGGCAAUCAAGAAUGAUGACGUUAAAUUAUUUGAGAAUUUAAUUAGCAAAGAAGGCUUUGAUCUUAACGAGAUAUUUAAAAAUACGCCAAUCAUAGCAGUAGACUUAAAUUAUAUAGAAAUUUGUUGUUAUUAUGGUUCUAUGCAAUGUUUCAUGUUGUUGAGAUCUAAAUUCAACUGCAAAAUUACAGAAAAAUGUCUUAAUUAUGCAUUUCUCAAUAACAAUAUCAAGAUGAUUAAUGAAUGCUUGUUGGAUCAAAAACCAGGCAAAGAUUUGAUGAAAUAUGCAAUUUUUUCAUAUAACAUUGAUUUGGUGAUGUUUCUUAUUAAUAAAUACAAAAUGCAAAUCGAUCCAAAUGAUUGUAUAUCGGCUCAUAACAUUGAAGCAUUCAUUGUACAGUUGGAACAGACAGGAGAUUUUGACAAAUAUUUUCAAUUCACAUACAGAUUUAAUUUUCUUGACCUUGUGAAAUAUUUUUGUCCAUUUGUCAAAGAUAUCGAUGCAAGAGAUGAAAAUGGGUUAUCUCCAAUUAUGCAUGCAAUAGUAUAUAACAAGUAUGAACUUGCCGAACUCCUUGUAUCUAAUGGAUCUAAUGUAAAUGGACCAUUUGCAGAAGAUAGCUAUAUUCUGCAAAUGACAGUUGCCUUGGGCAGAUUCAAAUUUGCAGAGCUCCUUGUUUUGAAUGGAGCAAAUGUAAACGCAGUUGAUAAAAAUGGACAAUAUGUUGUUCAUUAUGCAGCACAAGCAAAUAACAAAGAUAUAUACAAAUUGCUUGUUUCCCAUGGAGCGGAUCUUAAUGUUAAAGAUCAAAAUGGAAGAACAGCAUAUGAUCUUGCAAUGGGCUUGGGCCAUAAGGAUUUAGGAAAGUAUCUCAUAUCAUUAGGUUUUAAGAAGGAAGAAGAAGAGGAUAGAUAUCAUAGAGCCGCAAAGGAUAUGAAUGGAAAAAAUCCACUUCAUGUUGCUGUUGUUAAACAUGAUUAUAAAACUGUAGAACUUUUGCUAAAAUCAGGUGAUAUAGAUAUAAAUGAACGUGAUAGCUAUGGAUUGACUGCAAUGUUCUAUGCUCUUGCACUCGGCGAUAUGGAUAUUUUUAAAUUACUAAUACGCUAUGGAGCUGAUGUUAAUAUGAAAUACUGGUAUUAA